GUGAAUUUUUCAAAACUGGCCUAUAACAGGCUCCAGGCUGAAGUGAACCGAGGCAACCUUGCAGACUGCCGAAUUUUCCCUGAAAAAAUACUGCGCGAACCAGGGCGAAGCAGGGAGGGGCCAGGGGCUAAUUCCGCCACGUUCUUUCCCUUAUGAGUCCUAUCGUCCCACCGGUGCAUGAUGCAUUUUUUGAAUCUCGCUCGCUUACCUUUUUCUAUCCCUGACGUAUAAAUUUUGCAAAAUUCCCCAGUUGUUUUGAAAAUAAUUGCCAGCUCAUGCCUAGAACCUCCUCAACCAAAAAACACAAAGGCCGUGUUUUUCAAUGUGUUGGCUACGAGAACUGCUCAAUGUCGUUCACUCGUUCUGAACAUCUCGCCAGACAUAUCAGGAAACAUACGGGUGAAAGGCCUUUCAAGUGCGAACACUGCGCCCGCCGAUUCUCUAGACUGGACAAUCUUAGACAGCAUAAACAAACCGUCCACAUCUACGAAAAUUUCAUUCUCACUUAUCCCGGCGAAAAUGUCAAUGUGAGAAUGAAAUCCGAGGAAAAAGAUACCAGCACGCAGAAAAGCCCGGCUGUCCUCCAGCAAGGCGCAAUGCUUCCGCCGCCUCGUAGAAGCAUUCUAUUGACCGGCAACAACGAAUUCAGACCACAUUUGCCCAACAAACCGGGGCCUAUCUUCGUCCAGAACUCCAACUUCUCGCCAGCCGGUUCCCAAUUGCCAACGCCGACUUCAAGUGCUGUGCCCUCCGUCUCUUCAGCUUCUUCCAGCAGAGUGAACUCUCCUCAUUCUGUCUCUUUCAUCAUAAACAACUACGAUACCCCGAUCUCCGCAGGAACGCCUACUAGUACGAAAACAUGGCUCAAUAAUGUGCUGAAUAAUCAACUGGCCACGCCAGACUCAGCCGCAGCGCAGACCCUCGUUACUAUGGGCGGAUCGCAGACCCCUAGCGGAUACAGACUCCCUGCCCUGAAUGAACUAGGCAUUUAAUAAUAUACGAUAACGAUAAUAGUC